AUGUCUGGAUUGUUCACCACCAUUUUGGCCUGCCUUCUCAUACAAAAUGUCCUUGCGAUUGAGGUUAACCCCGAGGAUGAGACCUCCCUCAAAAAUGCCGCCAAGACCGUCGCCACCACAAUGAUGGAUUUCUACAAUGCCCGCAACUCCAACGAUAUUCCGGGGAAAAUGGACGAUACCUGGUGGGAAGGCGGUUCGAUGUUUAUGACCCUCAUCCAAUACUGGUAUUUAACAGGCGACAGCCAAUUCAACGAUGCCAUCCAGGAAGGCAUGUAUUGGCAAAAGGGCGAAAACAACUUCUUCCCAAGCAACUACUCCCAAUACCUGGGUAAUGAUGAUCAAGUGUUCUGGGGACUAGCGGCGAUAACCGCCGGAGAAUUGAACUUUCCAGAAAGAGAACACGAACCCUCGUGGAUUUCACUGGCCGAGGGUGUCUUUAAUGGACAGAUUCCUCGCUGGGAUGUUAAAAAUUGCGGUGGAGGGUUGCGAUGGCAGAUUUGGCCUUACCAGGAUGGCUAUAAUUUGAAAAAUGCUAUUUCCAACGGCGGCUUGUUCCAACUGUCAGCGCGUCUGGCACUAUACACCCGGAACGCGACCUAUGCUGAAUGGGCCGAGAAGAUUUGGGAUUGGAGUGCAUCUACACCACUGCUGAGGAAGAAUUGGACCAAUGGCACCGAAAGCAAAUGGCUCGAAGGCGUGACAGGACUGAUCAAAACAUCUAACCAGUUUUUCCCUGAAUCAGGUGGGAACCAAAUCUUAUCCGAUAUCACCUGUGAGCCCAUCAACAGGUGUGACCGCAACCAGAAAACCUUCAAGGCCUAUUUCACCGGCUGGCUCGGAUUCAUGUCGCUGAUUGUACCGGCCAAUAUCACGGCGGAGGUAAUGGGAAAAUUCAAGGUCUCCGCUGUCGCUGCCGGUCAGCAAUGCUCCGGCGGAAGCGAUGGGAACCACUGUGGAGUUCGCUGGACGAAGAAGGCGGAAUGGGACGGGACCAUGGGCUUGGAGCAGCAGAUGUCUGUCUUGGGUGUUCUUAAUGCUGUCAUGGUCCCAUUUAAGGCAGAUGGCCCUUACAAUACUGAUAAUGGAGGGACAUCCAAAAGUGACCCAGUUGGGGGCACCAAUGAGCAGGCUAACGUGGGGCCUGCACCCAUCACUACAGGGGAUAGGGUUGGCGCAGGAAUCUUGACUGCGAUCUUCGUUAUAGUCUGGGUUGGAGCUACAUGUUUUAUGCUUGUUGGAGGCGAGUAG